UGUAGAUAAAGCCCACAAUCUUCAAUUGGUCACAGCCUUUUCGUCCUAUGUCUUAUCCAGUUAUAUAUAGAGAUCAGUAGCUCGAAUACAAUAUUGAUUACAAUCUGGAUCAGAAGUGGCCAUAUAAAAGCAAAGAAGAAGAAAAAGUCUUUUUUUUGCGCUUGAACGACAUUUCAAUUUGAACUCUGAUCUUUGCUUUGAUACGCAUGCGCUAUUCUCCCCUCCUUGUAAACAAUGCAAACCAAAUCAAGAUGGCUCUCUUGUAGCAUGCAUAGAAUACAUCUGUUCUUUGCCUGAAAUAUAGAAGAAGAUAUCGCGUUUAGUGAUUGUAUCCCAUGUGAUUCCAAUGUGUGUGAGAUUAAAUAUAAUUAAAUUUGUAAAUCCGGUAAAAUAAAAUUAAAAUAAACAGUGAUAUAUUAUGGAAAGAAGAUGACAAUGAAUAUUGCUAGAGGAAUGGAACUAAUUCUUGGUAGAAUAAAUCACUUAAGGGAACGUUUAUUUUCGCCAAAAAAUUUAUUAUAUACAAAUGUAGGGAUAUCAAUUUUUCUUUCUGGGACAGGAGAUAUUUUAGAGCAGCAUUAUGAGAUAUUAAAGGGUGAUUGGGAUAGAUGGAGUUUUAUCAGAACAAGAAACAUGGCCAUAUCUGGCAUGUCUAUUGGGAUAGUUUGUCAUUAUUGGUACAAGUUUUUGGACACCAAAAUGGUUGGACGCACCAUCAGUACAGUUCUAAAAAAAGUAGUUGUAGAUCAAUUGAUAUGCUCACCUCUUUGUAUAAGUAUGUUUUUCUUGACACUAGCUGUGCUAGAGAAUAAUAGCUUCGCAGAAUUUAAAGAUGAAGUCCGAAAAAAGGCACAUAGAUUGUACAUAGCUGAAUGGGUCAUAUGGCCUCCAGCACAAGUCAUUAAUUUUUAUUUCCUUCCCACACGAUACAGAGUGCUUUAUGAUAAUAUAAUAUCUCUUGGUUAUGAUGUGUACACUAGUCAUGUAAAGCACGAUAUACGAACAGUUAAUAGUUAAUGAAGUAUUUUGAUAGGACAAUGUAUUUGAAUGAGAUUACAAACAAUCAAGAUUCAAGUAACAUAAAUUAAAUAAAACUUAUUUGUCAAUUUAGAAGUCAAUUAGAAAGCUUUUCUCAUAUCAAAUGUUUUUUGUGACUUUUACAAUAAUUCCCUGAAGGCAGGACUAAAAACUCUAUCUCUAACAUAUUUAUUGUAAUAUAUUUAAUUGUAUAUAAUAUAUAUAUAUAUAUA